AUGACGAUUAAUAAUGAAGCGAUAACGUUGCAAGAUGAGACUACUAGAUUGGAUGAAGGAGAAUCACGCUCGUUGCAAAAAAAAGUAGCUAUAUGUUGGCCGACGACGUGCAUUAUCAUAAACGUAAUUAUGGAAGAUCAUCGGAGAAAGUGGGAUAAAAAUGAAUUUGAAAAGAAGGCAUAUGAAAGGUUGGUAGCAGCAGAGAAGGAAGAAGAUGGUGAUAAGCCUAUGAUACCUUUUCAAAGAGAACUAUUGAGACCUAGGGAUUACAAAUUAAAUAUAGAAUCAAGGAUUGGAAAAUCUAUAGUUGUCACUAAAACAACCCCAGUGGGCAAUUCAGGAGGCUAUUACUGUGAGGUAUGUGAUUGCGUUGUUAAAGACUCAAUCAAUUUUUUGGACCAUGUAAAUGGAAGAAAGCACAUCCGAAAUUUGGGUAUGUCCAUGAAAAUCGAAAGAUCCACACUUAAUCAAGUCAAAGAGCGCAUAGAAAAACAUAUAUUAAAAACUGAAGAAGUCAAAAAGGAAUACAGUUUCGAACAAAGAUUGAAGGAACUCAAACAAGAGGAAGAACGGCUAAAAGCACGGAAGAAAGAGAAACAACUGGCAAAAAAGCUCCAGAAGUAUCACGGCAAUGGUAUUCUCUCCAGUCAAUCAUCGGAUAUGGCGGCUAUCAUGGGAUUCGGAAGUUUUAGCAUGACUACUAAAAAAUAAUUCGCUCCGAUUUAUUAUAAUAAUAUAUUUAUAUUCGUAUUGGUUUGGUAUAGUGGAGAUGGAAAAAUGUAUUAUUGUGACUUAAAAACAUUUUAUAAUUGUUUUAAUAAUAUAUCACAA